AAACAUCUCAUCUACUCUGCCUAAAGUAGUUGUGUGUUGUAAUCACUUGUGGCUUCUACUUUUCUGGUUCUGAUGAAAUCUAAAAGAAGCUAGUAGGAAACGGGGAAAAUUCCACUUGAAUCUAUGCAGACAUGCAUGAGGGUCACGUGACAGCACGUUGACUCUGAUUGGACCGUUUCAUAGUUUGGAGUUUGUACGUUUCUAAAGUCAAUGCUCUGGUUUCGUAGCGCAUGGACAAUUUUGAAGUCCACAAGUGUGUGCAUUGCCCCCGUACAAAGUCCUGUGUGAGUGUCUUAGUUACAUUAACGUCCAAACAUGUUGUUUUAACGUAGAUUUUACGUGACGGCGGGGAGUCGCCUGGCGAUGAUGUCACGACGUAUAACACUGACAGCGGUGACGCCUGAUGAUCAUUAAAAACUGCCAUUAAAAUGAGCGCAGAUGAUUAUUGUGUUUACUGAGAGACACAUAAAACAGCAGCGCAGUGUGCCCUGCCGAGUAACUUAACAGAGACAUCCGAUCGGCGUGGCAUCUGUCCGGUCCAUCCAGCGUUCCCCCCCUGUACGUGCGGCGAGUCUCGGUCCGCCUCGCCUCCGCUCUUCCUGUCGCUGAACCGGAGGAUACUCGCACCCAGAGCGGCGAUCUGACACUGAACCCCGCGGCCGGUGAGUUCCAUCGCAUCCCUGAAGCUCCCUCACUAACAAAAGGAUGUUGAGUUCAAAUCUUGGAAUGGGACUAAUGUUUAACAUGUAAAUUCAACCUCCUAAAGGUUCUGGCCAGUUUAUAUUUUCUUUUUCACAUUCACAAGCACAAUGUCGAGCAGAAGGAAGUCCACGACCCCCUGCAUGGUGCUUCCGUCAGAUGUUGUAGAGCAAGAUCCUGAUAUGGAGGCUCUGGAAGGGAAUGAAGGAGCUGAGAGUAUGGCAGACGGUCCUACUGAGGGAGCAGUGGUUCCCAUGGAAACAGAGACAGAAUAUGAAGGGAUCCAUUUCUCAAGUGAGGACUGUCGUUCUUCAGGAAAACGCUCCGGUCAAACACCACUAGAGCAGCCCAUCUCUGAUCUGACCGCUGAGGGUGGUUUUGUGCAGACAGAGAUGGAAGAUAGUGAUGACCCCUCAGUUACUGGAAUCCCUCUCAGCAAGACUCCUAUAAUGAAAAUGAAAAGCAAGUCUGAACCCAAGAGAAUAGCCAUGUCUCUAAAAGGCACGAGUGAAAGUGAGGCAGUGACUGAAAGUGAGAUGGAACUGGAGCCAUUGGAAGCGUCAGUGAUGAGCUCUUCCAUGGCACCAGAACUCAUGAGCCCAUUGUUCACAGAGUCUGUAAAGCCCAGCGUUCUUGUCAAUAUUUCAAACCCUGUGGUAGCAGAUCAGAAGAAGCUGGUUAUGAACCCUGCGACGGUUCUUCCGGCCGGAUUGGCCCAGGUGCUUUCUGCCUUGCAGGCCCAGCAGAGUGCUCAAACUCAACUUCUAAUACCAGUAAGUAGUAUUCCCACGUAUAAUGCUUCAAUGGACUCCAAUGCAGUCCUGGUCAACACCUACAAGAAGUUCCCCUACCCGUCGGUGUCUGAAAUCAUGGGACUUGCAGCCCAGACCAAGUUCAGUGAGGAGCAGAUAAAGAUCUGGUUUUCGGCUCAGCGUUUGAAGCAUGGCGUUAGCUGGACCCCAGAAGAGGUUGAGGAAGCAAGGAGGAAGCAAUUUAAUGGCACAGUCCACACAGUUCCCCAGACCAUCACGGUUAUCCCAGCCCAUCAUCUUUCCACCGCUAAUGGCCUGCAGUCUAUUCUUCAGACCUGCCAGAUUGUGGGUCAGCCAGGUCUGGUUCUGACACAGGUUGGCAUGGCCAAUAGCAUCCCAGUGACCACCCCGAUAACCCUGACAGUAGCAGGAAUGCCCAAUCAAAGCCAGACGCCCAAGAUCGCAACCAAUCAAACAAGCCCUGCGCUCAAUGAAACUAAAAGAGCUACCACCGUUCAGCCCCCAUCACUGACCCCUCAGGAGAACUCUGCACUCAGUGCCGAUCACUUUGGCCUGCGGCCUAAGAAAUCCAAGGAACAGCUGGCUGAAUUGAAAGCAAGCUAUCUGAAGAAUCAGUUUGCCAGUGAUGCGGAGAUAGCUAGGCUAAUGAAGUUGACCAACCUCACCAAAGGUGAGAUUAAAAAGUGGUUCAGCGACACCCGAUACAACCAGCGCAAUUCUAAGAACACCCACGCCUUCAUCGCGAAUGACAAUCCCAGGGGUAGUAGCAGUGCCACCAUUGUUAUUGACUCUAGCGACGAAACGCCACAGUCUCCGACGCCAUCACCCGUGAAAGAGAAGGAAACGCGCUCCAAGACCUGGAACCCCUUCCCAGACUUUACCUUGCAGAAGUUUAAAGAAAAGACACCAGAGCAGUUGGUGGUCCUAGAGGAAAGCUUUCAGAAACGUGACACACCAACUGAUGAAGAGCUUAGCCGGUUGAGGGCCGAGACCAAACUUACCAGACGUGAGAUCGACGCCUGGUUCACCGAAAAAAGAAAAACCCCUGUGCCUGAUUCCUCAGAGUCGAAAGCAGAUGGUGAAACAUCCCAAAAGAAGGGAAGCCAAACUCCACCUGGAGGAAAGAGGCUGAGCAAAGAGAAGGUUACUAAGAAAACACCCGAGCAGCUUCAUGUUCUGAAGAAUGCGUUCGUUCGCACCCAGUGGCCCUCGACGGAAGAAUACGACCAGCUGGCUGAGGAGAGCGGACUGCCUCGUUCCUACAUCGUCAACUGGUUUGGCGAUACACGCUAUGCCUGGAAGAACGGCAACUUGAAGUGGUAUUUUUAUUAUCAAAGUGGAAACACGGGAGGAACGAAUGGCAACAAAAACAGAAAACGGAGGAUUCGAAAUCGCGGUUGGGGUAGAACCCGUAGUAGAAAAGCGAAGAAGCACACAGAAUCGGAGAAGAAUUUGCCAAUCAGGUUCAAGUCUGGACAGGAUAUUCUGAAGGAGUACUACUUGAAGCACAAGUUUCUGAAUGAACAGGACUUGGAUGAGCUUGUCGCCAAGACUAACAUGAGCUAUGAGCAGGUGAGAGAGUGGUUUGCGGAGAUUCAUCGGAAGGAGGAAAUGGGUACCAACCCGUUUGAAGAUAAAACGGGAAAUGAAGAACAAGAUGAGGAGGAGGAUGAGUCACAGGGUGAAAAUGAGACGGCGGUUGAGGAGCAAGGACCUGCUUUGGGUGAUGAAGAUGAUGAUGACACUGAUGACAGCGAUGCCUGGGAGCCUCCACAGAGCGUUCGAAAAACAUUGUCCGUGUCUGAGGGUCAGUGAUUUUUCUGAAUUGGCUUUAUUCUGAGCAAUGACCCUUGGUGAAAAAUGUUGGGUCUCGACCACAUGCCCUCUACCACUGCACCAAUUCUGCUUAUAUUUUACGUAGUUUCACGUAAGAUUUGACAAGAUCUUUUUAGCAAAACAUUGAGGAGAACUGUUUUUGGUCAGAAUGUUUGACUACAUUCAAACCUUGAGAGAUCAUGCACAUUAAAGGGAUAGUUCACCCAAAAAUGAAAAUUCUGUCAUUAAUUACUCACCCUCGUGUU